AUGUUCUGGCUCAUGAGGGUGGCUUCCGUCUCCUGUUUCUGUGGUCCUACCAGCGAAAACGAGCCAAGCGAGGUUCGAGGCUGGCACACGGAAAGUCCUACCGGCGACCAACCGAAGUUGCUCAGUACAAAGGAAAAGGGGGGCAUGAAAGUCCACAAAGCCAGUAGCAGCGACGGAGCGGCUACGAGGGGGGAGCUUACGACGCAGCUUUGUGGCGGAUUACUGGGCUUUUUGUAG